AUGUCGACGGCCGUGGCAAUAUGCUCACUUGCGCCCCUUGUAUCUUCAUCCCUAGCGGAUUUCGCUCUUCAAAAGGUCCUUGAAGAUGCCACUCCAAUAUUUGGAUCCUAUACUCGGGAUACAGCAGAAAAAGCGGAGUGGAUGAAGAGUUAUUCCGAUGACACUUUGCUCGUUCACAUGAAUAUCCCUGGUACCCAUGAUAGCGCCACAUGGAAUUACACCCAGGCGACCCAAGAUGCAAUGCGAGGCAUCACCGAUCUCAAUCAGGUCACUGUCCCGGUCCCCGAGACAUACCGUUGCCAGGAAUUACCUUUGAUCGAUAUGCUCAAUAUGGGAAUACGCGCAUUUGACUUGCGGUAUGCCAUCGACCCAACAAACACCACCCUGAUUUUCUACCAUUCCUAUGCCUUGCUAUCUGAAUUAGCCACCGUCGACGAUGUGUUGUUUGGGUUUUAUCAGUGGCUGGAUGAUCAUCCAUCGGAGACAAUCUUCCUCUCAUUCCAGCAUGAGAGCUCAACGGCUCGUUAUACCGCCAACGACGCGACCCAGCAACUGCAGCUCUACAAUAUUCUCACGUCGCCGGCUGCCCGCCACUAUUUUGUUCAAACCAAAAACGAAUUAGGGAAAUUGGGAGAUGCCCGUGGCAAGAUUAAUCUCAUGCGUCGUUUUGAUCUGGACAAGCUGCCGGAUUCUUACACAGCCGCGCUUCCUGGCUUGCAUUUCUCGCCUAGUCUUUGGACUGACAAUGGACCGGAUAUCACCCUGGUAUACAACACCUCCAAGAACCUUACAGCUUAUAUCGAAGACUACUACCAGCCUCUCACUCCGAUGAGAUCUGACGCAAUUGAGAACAUCCAGUGGAAAUACAAUGCGACUGUGAAAAACAUUGAAAAAGCCACCACCGAGCAGCUGGACAGUUUGUUCUGGACCUGGGCGUCUGGUACAAAUACCGCAAAUAACCCUCCUGAUUGGCCUCGCAUAAUUGCUUUAGGAAACGGCACAAAAUAUACACCAGAUGGCGGAGUCAACCAGCAGCUGGUUCCCUUCCUGAGAGGGCAAAAGGGCAAGCGGGUGGGGAUUGUGAUGUUUGAUUUCUUUGAUCAACCUACCGAGCUGAUUGACAUAUUUUUGAGUCUGUAG